GCGCGCUGGGUCUGGUUGGCGACGGCGGCGGCUGCGCCAUUGGCGGGUAGGAAAUGCCGCCAGAUGGCGGUUUAGGAUUGCGGCUCUACUGAGGUGCGGCCCCCGGCACCGCCGCUUGUUCGUUCCGGCCCGGCUUGGCCCCGGCCCGCCUGGACCCUUCUCCCGUGGCACCGUAGGAUUCCCGGGGGCGCUGGCCCAGCUGAGGCUGGAUUUGGAGAUUUCUUGAAAAUAAUUACGAGAUUGGCUGAUAGACGUCACCACAAGAUACUCGUUGGGUUUUAAAACAUAGUGGCCUACAUCAUGAUUACUUCAGAGUUACCAGUCUUACAGGAUUCUACAAAUGAAACUACUGCACAUUCAGAUGCUGGUAGUGAACUGGAAGAAACUGAACUGAAGGGGAAAAGAAAACGCGGUCGUCCUGGCAGACCUCCAUCUGCCAAUAAGAAGCCUCGAAAGACUCCAGCAGAAAAAUUCCGUUCUGAAACUGGAAUAAGAGGAACAGGUCGAGGAAGAGCUAAUGGUCACCCACAGCAAAAUGGAGAAGGGGAACCUGUCACUUUGUUUGAGGUGGUGAAGUUGGGCAAAAGUGCUAUGCAGUCUGUAGUGGAUGACUGGAUUGAAUCAUAUAAACAAGAUAGGGACAUAGCACUUCUGGAUUUAAUCAACUUCUUCAUCCAGUGUUCCGGAUGCCGAGGCACUGUAAGGAUUGAGAUGUUUAGGAACAUGCAGAAUGCAGAAAUAAUCAGGAAAAUGACGGAAGAAUUUGAUGAGGACAGUGGUGAUUACCCACUUACGAUGCCUGGGCCACAGUGGAAAAAAUUUCGAUCAAAUUUUUGUGAAUUCAUAGGAGUUCUAAUACGACAAUGUCAGUACAGCAUCAUUUAUGAUGAAUAUAUGAUGGACACAGUGAUCUCUCUUCUGACUGGUUUGUCAGAUUCACAGGUCCGAGCUUUUAGGCAUACCAGUACGCUUGCUGCUAUGAAGCUUAUGACUGCUCUUGUGAAUGUUGCCUUAAACCUGAGUAUUCAUCAGGAUAAUACACAGAGGCAGUAUGAAGCUGAGAGAAACAAAAUGAUUGGUAAAAGAGCCAAUGAAAGACUGGAGCUUCUCCUUCAGAAACGAAAAGAGCUGCAAGAAAAUCAGGAUGAAAUUGAAAAUAUGAUGAAUUCUAUUUUCAAGGGUAUAUUUGUCCAUAGAUAUCGUGAUGCUAUUGCUGAGAUUAGAGCUGUUUGUAUUGAAGAAAUCGGAGUAUGGAUGAAAAUGUACAGUGAUGCCUUCCUGAAUGAUAGUUAUUUAAAAUAUGUUGGUUGGACGCUUCAUGACAGACAAGGCGAAGUGAGGUUGAAGUGUCUGAAAGCUUUGCAGAGUUUGUACACCAACAGAGAGUUGUUCCCCAAAUUGGAGCUAUUUACGAAUAGAUUUAAGGAUCGCAUUGUAUCAAUGACACUUGAUAAGGAAUAUGAUGUUGCUGUAGAAGCCAUUCGAUUAGUCACAUUAAUACUUCAUGGAAGUGAAGAAGCUUUGUCCAAUGAAGACUGUGAGAAUGUUUAUCAUUUGGUGUAUUCUGCACAUCGGCCUGUUGCAGUUGCAGCAGGGGAGUUCCUUCACAAAAAACUGUUUAGUCGGCAUGACCCUCAAGCAGAAGAAGCACUAGCCAAAAGGAGAGGACGGAACAGUCCAAAUGGGAAUCUUAUUAGAAUGCUCGUUCUUUUCUUUCUUGAAAGCGAGUUGCAUGAACACGCAGCUUACUUGGUGGACAGUUUAUGGGAGAGCUCCCAAGAAUUGUUAAAAGACUGGGAAUGCAUGACAGAAUUGCUGCUUGAAGAACCCGUCCAAGGUGAAGAAGCAAUGUCUGAUCGGCAGGAAAGUGCACUUAUAGAGCUGAUGGUAUGUACCAUUCGACAAGCCGCAGAAGCACAUCCUCCAGUGGGCAGGGGAACUGGGAAGAGGGUUUUAACAGCAAAAGAAAGAAAAACUCAGAUAGAUGAUCGAAACAAACUAACAGAACACUUCAUUAUUGCACUUCCCAUGCUACUGUCAAAGUAUUCUGCUGAUGCUGAAAAGGUAGCAAACCUUCUUCAAAUCCCUCAAUUUUUUGACUUGGAAAUUUACAGUACAGGAAGAAUGGAAAAGCAUUUGGAUGCCUUGUUGAAACAGAUUAAAUUCGUUGUAGAAAAGCAUGUGGAAUCAGAUGUUCUUGAAGCCUGCAGCAAAACGUACAGCAUUCUGUGCAGUGAAGAAUAUACCAUUCAGAAUAGAGUUGACAUAGCUCACAGCCAGCUCAUUGAUGAGUUUGUGGACCGAUUCAACCAUUCUGUAGAGGAUUUACUAAAUGAGGGAGAAGAAGCUGACGAUGAUGACAUAUACAAUGUUCUCUCCACUUUAAAGAGGUUAACGUCUUUCCACAAUGCUCACGAUCUUACAAAAUGGGAUUUGUUUAGUAACUGCUACAGGUUACUGAGGACUGGAAUUGAACAUGGAGCUAUGCCAGAACAGAUAGUGGUGCAGGCUCUUCAGUGUUCCCAUUAUUCUAUUCUCUGGCAGCUGGUAAAGAUUACAGAAGGAUCUCCUUCAAAAGAAGAUUUGUUGGUGUUGAGGAAAACAGUGAAAUCAUUUCUGGCUGUUUGCCAACAGUGUCUAUCAAAUGUAAACACUCCAGUCAAAGAAGAGGCUUUCAUGCUGCUCUGUGAUCUCUUGAUGAUUUUUAGCCACCAGCUGAUGAGUGGAGGCAGGGAGGGUCUUCAACCUCUGGUGUUUAAUCCAGAUUCAGGACUCCAGUCUGAACUCCUUAGCUUUGUAAUGGACCAUGUCUUCAUUGACCAGGAUGAUGAGAACCAGAGCAUGGAGGGAGAUGAAGAGGAUGAAGCUAAUAAAAUUGAAGCUUUACACAAGAGAAGAAACCUUUUGGCUGCCUUUAGCAAACUUAUAAUUUAUGAUAUUGUAGACAUGCAUGCAGCAGCUGAUAUCUUCAAACAUUAUAUGAAGUACUACAAUGACUAUGGGGAUAUCAUUAAGGAGACAUUGAGUAAAACAAGGCAAAUUGAUAAAAUUCAGUGUGCAAAAACCCUCAUUCUCAGUUUGCAGCAGCUGUUUAACGAGCUUGUUCAAGAGCAAGGUCCUAACUUGGACAGGACAUCAGCCCAUGUCAGUGGUAUUAAGGAGUUGGCCCGAAGGUUUGCUCUUACUUUUGGCCUGGACCAGAUCAAGACGAGAGAGGCUGUAGCCACGUUACACAAAGAUGGCAUAGAAUUUGCUUUUAAGUAUCAGAAUCAGAAAGGCCAAGAAUAUCCUCCUCCUAACCUUGCUUUCUUGGAAGUGCUUAGUGAAUUUUCUUCUAAACUCCUGCGGCAGGACAAAAAGACAGUUCACACUUACCUGGAGAAGUUCCUAACAGAACAGAUGAUGGAGAGGAGGGAAGAUGUAUGGCUUCCACUGAUUUCCUACAGAAAUUCACUAGUUACAGGUGGAGAAGAUGAUAGGAUGUCUGUAAAUAGUGGAGGCAGUAGCAGCAAAGCCUCUUCAGUGAGAAAUAAGAAAGGCCGACCUCCACUUCACAAGAAAAGAGUUGAGGAUGAGAAUAUUGAAGGCUCCUGGCUGAAUAGAAAUGACAGCAUCCAAACCCCAGGUGCUCUACAGACUCCACAACUCACAUCAACGGUGCUGAGAGAGAACACUCGGCAAAUUGGGGAGCAAAUUCAGGAACACGAGUCAGAACCUGGAUCUGAGCAGGAUUUUUUGCACAAUCCUCAGAUGCAGAUAUCUUGGCUGGGCCAACAGAAAUUAGAAGACUUAAGUCGAAAGGACAGGACGGGCAUGAACUACAUGAAAGGACGAAGUGGUGUAAGGCAUGCAGUGCGGGGCCUAAUGGAGGAUGAUGCUGAGCCCAUCUUUGAAGAUGUAAUGAUGUCUUCACGAGGCCAGUUAGAGGACAUGAAUGAAGAAUUUGAAGACACCAUGGUCAUUGAUCUGCCCCCUUCAAGAAACAGACGAGAACGAGCUGAAUUGAGGCCAGAUUUCUUUGACUCUGCAGCUAUCAUUGAAGAUGAUUCGGGAUUUGGAAUGCCGAUGUUCUGAAGUCUGGCGAAGACACUAUACAAAUGUGGAACUCUGUUCUUUAGAGCUCAAGGCCUAUAUACUGUGAUAGCUUAUAUGAAAACCACAUUUUUGAUGUGAUUUGGUUUGAUUUUUAACCAAAUUAUUAAGGUCAUUUCCUUUUUGUAAUGAGAGAGAAGAGGAGCUUCUUAAUGAAACAAGGAAUAUUGGCCAGUCACCUCAGAAAGGCUGACCUACAAAUCAUUUGUUUCCCUGUCCUUGACAGUCCUAAUACAGGUUUUUUUCCUGGAUGGGGAGAAGCUUUUAAAUUAAAACAGUUAAACACUGUUCUACACGUUUUCAGAAAACAUUGAAUGAAAACAAAACUUUUUAACUUUAUUUUUCUGCUGUACAACUUCAAAAUGUUUUAACAUUUGCCUUUUUAUGUUUUAGAAGCUAGCCAUUUUAUUAAAUUUAUGCCUGUCUGCCAUUGACCAGCAGUGAUGCUAUCAGCAGGCCAUCCUGGCUGGAGAAGUAUUGUUAAACGCACUGGAUGUGACUAGCAGUAUGGUACACUUCUGGAUCCUCUCUGACCAUUGAGAGUGGAACACUCUUACAAAAGAGGCUAGAAGUCAGAUGUAUGCAUCUCUGCCAAAAAGUCAGAUUCUGAAAAGAAAAAAAACCCCAGAUUUUAUACUUCUGAGAAGAUUUAUUUUUUAUUUAUAAUAGGGCAUAAAGUAAGAGAUGUCCAUAAGCCACUUUUCCAACAGAUGCUGUGUAACAUUCAUUUUAUAUAGCACUAGGGGAACACACAAACAGCACAUUUUCUAUUGGUACUUGUUCUGUGCAUUUUUAGCAACUUAUACCAGCAAAUAAAAUAUUCUCAGAAAAACAAACCAGUGGUUCUAAAGUAAUCUAUUUGCUGUUUCUACUACCUAUUUCAUGCCCUGUCAGAUCUGAGGUACAAAAGCAGCAACUUUCCUGAGGAACGCAAAUCACUGGGCGGGGUGGUGGGAGGAGGGAGACAGGAGUCACACUUGCAUUUUCAAAGCAAUUUUAACUGUACCAUAGAGAAGUGUCUAACUUUCCAUGCCGUAAAUACCCUUUUGUGCUAUUUUUGUAAAUUAAUUUUGCCAGUUAGAUUUACUGUAUGUGCUGCAUAGAAACUUGUGCUUAGAUGGUGACGUUCUUAAGCUUACAAUGGAAUACAGCUCUCAGUGUUAACUGUGCAUUAUUAAGAGUAAUUAUUAAAUGAUUUUCUAAAAAGCAGAACAAUCCAAAAAACAAUCAGCUAAUUAUUUGUUCUAAGAUAUUUUCAGUGUCUUCAAUGAUCUGGACUUUCACUCUGCUUCAAUAUUAUGAUUCUUCCUGGUAGCUGCUAAUGUAGUUAUAAAGGACUGAUUUUGUUCCUCGGAGGUGAGCACAGCUCCUGUUAAUAAGAGCAUUUGUAAAAAUGAGGCCAAACUAGUCUUCUUUUUGGAGUUUAAAUGUUAGUGUGCUUUAAAGCAGAUCUAAAUUGACCCAGUUCUAAUAUACCUGCUUCAGAGGUGUUUUUGAUAGCAGUUGCAAAAUAACUCUGACCUCCCAUAAAGGUCCUUUUAAUGACUUCAAGGUGCAUCCAAUGCUUACUUGCCUUUUGGGAGACAAAGACAACAUGUAGAUCAAAUCAUUUAGUUGGGAUUUCCCCUCCUAAAAAUUGUACAGUACUCAAAUUAUGGUUGCCAAAAACAUCUAAUAGUUCAAGAAAGACAGUUGUUUAGGAAUUGAAAAGUUGCUAAAGUCACGAGUUGGUGCUUCAGGACAAAGUACAAGUUCUCCCAUAACAGUGGACACAAAUGGUGCAGUAGCACUUCAGUUUAGUGGGCAGAGUGGCAUAGCUGUUGAUGGUUUAAAUCCAUCAGAGACAAACCUUGUGCUCCACAGCCCUUCAUAUGGAAAACCUGAAUUUUAAUUGAUCCUUAUAGAAUUCUGUAAAACAAAAGCUGUUUACAAGUAAGUUACCUCCAAUGGGUUUCCAGUUCAGUUUGCGGUCAAUAGGUUUUUAAAAAUGUGUCUCCUUGAUUGGUUUUGCUAGUAAUUCUGUAAAUUGUACAUUUACAAUUUGAGGUUUUUUCCUUUUGUACAAUUUAAAACUGAUGCUUCACUUUUCCUUUAAUAAACUCCUCAAAAUCACAUGUGCAGUGGAGUCCUUUCCACAAAAGCAUUUGAAAAUGGGUGCUUUCUGUUUGGUCUGUCUUCCACUAAAUAUUUACCUAUAGUGAAGCUUGAAAGUGUGCUAAUCCUGCUGCUUGCUCAGCAUUCUGGGCAGAUCAGACAUUAAGGGUUUUUCCUUCUGCAGUAAGAGUGAAUAUGUUUCACCCUUAAGUGAAACAUUUCAGCAUCUUUAAAACUUUACAUAAGCAGUUGCUGUCCCUUACCCAUACCUAAUGUGCAAUUCAAGUAAAUAGAUUCAGAGCAUGUGGCGUUGAGAUUGGAGUUGAGAUACUGUGACCUCUAAUGCGUGCAGAAAACUUUGCAGAAUCCGAUUGAUGGUACAGGAUUCAGAAGUCUCCUGCUUUCAUUGAAAGAACCACCACCUCAUGGUUGUGCAGUAGGUGUGUACAAAAGCCCUCCAGAAUUCAGUAGACAUUCCUAAUUUCUCCCGUCAAUACACUUACUGCCCAAGCCUCUCCUGCCACCACUUUGGUGGUUAUUUAUACAAAAGCAUAACAAGUUCAAAAAGUAAGCAUUUAAUAAGUUGACUUGGAAAAUCUGUGGUUAUGAUGCACAUUGAAAUAGGAGUUCCUGUAAGUGACACCUUACUUGAAGUGUAAGAAGUAGUACAGAAUUCAGACAAUGUUUUUUGCUGAAAACGGACAGAAACUUGAGUUGGGCUUCCAUAGCCUUCUUCUUGUCUGAGUUGAUGAGGUGAAGUUUGUUCUUUUCUCUACACCUGGCAAACACCUGAGAAUGGACCAACUUACCAUCACACAAUAGAUUGUAGACUGGCUUUGACAAAUAUAUGGCUUCUGGUUCCAUGAUGUAAGAUUGGUGGAGUAUAAAUGUAAGAUUUAUUUUUUAUUAUUAUUUUUAAAAAAGACCUCUCCAGAUAUGUGGUCUCCUAUAUUUCUUAUUGGCAGAACUCCUGUAGCUCCUCUGUGUCUUAUCUUGGGUGGGCAGGGGUAGAAGAUAAGUGUCUGGAUUUUAGCAUUUUUGGCUAUUUAUUUCUACCAGUAGAGUCCAGAAACCAUGCAACACAUUUGUACAGCAACUUGAUGUCAACCACAGUUGAUUCAAUAGGUCUACAUAAAGUACUGUUAUCUCUUUGCACUCUUUAAAUUCACCCUCUGACAAAGGAAACUUCCCUGCCCAAAGGAUGCAGCAGCUUUACACUGAGCAAGGAGAAAAAUUAUUCAACUUCUAGAAGUAGUAAACAAAUUUUCUAUUGUGGCCCUAUCCAAUUUAUUCAUUGGCAACAAUAAUUGGUCUCUUAAACACAGAUUAUAAAACACACUUUGGAAUUCUGUACAAUUGUGAUAACCAUAUAAAAAACAGCGAGUUUUUUAUACAGCUAUUUUUAUAGGGUUUUUGAACCCUGGACUGAAUAUUUAUACUUGAGUAAUGAUAAUAUUGGAACAGCAAUGCAGUGGAAUAUUUGUGGCUUAGUGUCCCACUUUUAGCCAUAACUUUCUUUUCUUGGUUCCUUAAUAAGUACAAAUAUCCUUAGGUUUAAAUAUUACUUUUAAUUUUCAUGCCUGCAGCUUUAGUAGUAUCAUACAUUAGGUGCUCUACUGCUGCAAAUCUCUCUGCCCUAAAGGGCUGCCCACCAUAGACAGGAAAAUGUGGAUAAGAUUAAAGGAGUUAGUCACAAAGAUGCUCUAGUCUUAAUAGAGCUCAUGUGCUUUGCUACCUUGAUACUUGAAGUUUUUGCCUGGCAUUACUAAUACAUCAGCUGUAAGGUGCCUGUUUGUUGUUUUGGAGAUGUCAUUUGGAACAACUUGUGACAGUAUUCUCUGGCUGCAUCAGCCAGUUUUAUCUUACCUUUUUGAUAUUGUCCUGUCCAUCACUAGCUGCUACUCUUAUUAGUUCAAUUAAUCUUGAAUGGUGCAAGUAUGCUGGCAGGUGGUCUUGUCCACAUUAAUUAUCCCAAUGUGUUCAUUAAAAUGCUCGUAAAUGGUAAUCCUUUCUGUUAUCGGAACAAGAUGAAGAAUGCAUCCACCUUCUGCAUACCAAACAGGAAUAUUAAUAUUGCUGACGUAUGAACCUUGUUUCUUUCUGACCUCAAAUACAUUGUUAUGAGUCCAUGCUGUUCUUGUUUCUAGCAUAUCUUGUCCCUAACCAUGUCAAUUACAUAGUCUCUUUUAACCCUGUUUUGUCUAUGGUUAAUAACCAUUACCAACCAACACACUUGUAAAUGUGUUUCAACUGCUGUCUUAACUCACCCUCUCAAUUACAAGAGCUCUGCAGAGAUGAGGUGGACUUAAAGGUGGGACUUGUAAAUACUUAGGGCUACAUAAAUACCCGUUUGUAUAGUUCUUCUCUAAAUUGUUUGUAUUGGAAAUUUAUUGUAGUUUUACUAACAAUUACAGAAGAAUCUUGGAACAGAUUACUCCAAUAUAAUAAACAGUGACCAUUUUUUUUUUCAAAUUACCUUUUCAUGGUCUUUGUAUUGUGUGUGCUAAAUAUCUACUUCAUCUGAACCAAUUCAUGUAACACAGGGUUAGAACUAUUGCUAUUACUACUUUUCUGUCAAAGGCUUUGAAUAUUUGUUAGCCCAGUUUUCUGACUAUCUUUUCCCCUUGGACAAAUCCCAGUUCGGUCCUGGAUAUGGAUUCUGAAGAUCCAUUACUGGCUAAAACUAAUUUUCUUCCCGGUAGGUCUGGCACCCUUGAUUUUAAUAGUCAAACAAAAUGGAAAUCCUUGCUGCAAAAGAAAUUGAGAAGUCUAGGGUUCACUCUGAUAACCUGUAGAUACGAGAAAGCCACAUCCACAAUUAAGCAACGAAUAUGGGAUGUUGAGCCGCAAUGCCACAUGAGUGAAAUGACAAAGUAUCUAGAAGCAUUUGUAUAUGAAGCAUUUGACUGGUAAAAGCAACCUGCUUCCUGAAGUGGGAUCAGAACAGAAUUAAUCUCUGAUGUGCAGCUUUGCAAGACAGGUUUGUUUAAAAAGCACCACACCUGGAUAUUACUAGUCGGGACAGGGCAACCCAUCCUUAAAAACAAGACUGCUAAGUCAUACUCGAAUUAGCCCUAUUGAAAUAAAUGGAUUUCAAGUGGAUAUCACCUGGUGUUUACUAAUCAGUCGCCUUUUCAGCAAUCAAAUUUAGGGUUCGCAUUUAUAUUCCGAGCACACAAUUUUAUUUUUAGAAACAUCCAAAAUGUUUUCUAAAAAGGUAUGAGACCUCUGCUUGGCUUUAUAGCCAUGAAAGUAAGGGAUUUAAGGUAGAAAUGGGCAAAAGGUGCCUGCUCUAAUACAGUGGUACCUCUAGUUAAGAAUUUAAUUUGUUCUGGAGGUCCAUUCUUAACCUAAAACUAUUCUUAACCUGAAGCACCACUUUAGCUAAUGGGGCCUCCUGCUGCUGCCGUGCCACCAGAGCACGAUUUCUGUUCUCAUCCUGAAGCUAAGUUCUUAACCAGAGGUACUAUUUCUGGGUUAGUGAAGUUUGUAACCUGAAGCGUUUGUAACCCGAGGUACCACUGUAGAUACAACAUUUAGUUAUUUUCAAGGUAUAUCAGGCCAGAAUGAAUGAACCUCUUUUGGCCUGCGUGGUUCUACCUGGCAUAAGGGCUUCUCAGUUAGAAGUAUUAUGCAUAGGCACAAAGGAGAAUCUUCUCCCACAAGCCUUUCAGAGCCCUAAAACAAUCUCUUAUAAAGUCAGUAGGUGAAUAGUCUUGUUAGGUAGCUGAUGAGACCAAAAUCUGACAUAAGAAAUUUAUACUGAAUAACAUCUGCAUUAGAAAACCUUGAAAUCCUGUAAUAUUUUCUUGCGAUGAAUACCAUGUGGGCAAUUUCCAUCUCCCCUUGCAGGAGAUAAAUCCUGUUUUGCAUCCUCCGAAUCUAAUCCACAAAUAAUCUCCCCACAGACAAUCUUGUUUAAAGGAAACCAAAUAGUUUAAUUCCAUAUUCUCUUAGACUUCUGUUGCAAUAUUCUGGCUUUACAUUUAUGUAUGAUUAUUCUGUCUUUAGACUGUCAAAGAUCAAGUUACAGGAUAUCGUGACAACUUCCAUAUGUUGGACCUUUUGCUUAAAUAUACAAUUGAUUCCUUGUCUACAAUCUCAUAGUAUCCCAACAUUUCUAGAAUAUAAUCCAUAAAAAUUUUCACAUACUUCAGAAGAUUCAGAAUCAGGAUUUCAGCUGGGCUCCACUGCUUUCCUGGCAACCUAUCAUCCCUUUUCCAUAAAACAAAUUCAGAGAGGAAUAUUGGCAUGCUUCUUCCAUGGGUUGGAUUGUCUCUUGCUAGCCAGGACUUCCAAGUCACGGCAGAUUCGCAGUCGAGUUGAGGAAGGUUGGAUGAUGUCAUCAACAAACCCUGUUAUAAAACAGGUUUUACAGUUUAUUCCCAUUGCUCUGUGCUUGCUUCUGCAGCAAAAAGCAUCAUGUAGAUAAUCCUUUAAUAGGUUCACAUUAGCCUUCCACUAAAUCGAAGUUGAUGUUUUGUGCAAGCUGCUCCAGAGGUAGCCAUGAACUGCUAAAGUGUUGCAUAUCUUAUUCAUCAACUUAAAUACAAACAAAUUCCUUUAAAAUGGGAUAAAUCUGGAUUUUAGGGUGUAUUGAUCACCAAUAUUUGAUUUCAUGAUUUAAGUCCACAGAAAUGUUUCAUUUUUCCAAACAAGCAAGGGAGAAGAAACAAACUGUUAAGCCAAACAUCUGGAAUAUGGCUUUGCAAAAACAUUUGCCAUCAUUCUGAUUACAUUUACAUAUGAAAACUGAACAAUUUUUCUGCAAUUCUGCAAGUUCCCAUCUCCCACUUUUAAUUUUUAAUAGAAGAAAACCACUUCAGAAACAUUGCAAAGUAUGCUGUUCAACACAGAGAUAAUUUUACUUCAGAAUUACUAUAAGAAGUUUGAGGUCUCAUCUCAGAUACAUAACCUCUAAACAAAGGGAUCGUGGAUCUUAAAAAAAUGCUCUGAUUAAACAAUCAUGCCAUAGCUCUCAAAGGCAGAGGAUUUGAGUCGUCUAGAAGCAGGGGAUACAUCUAAAAAUAAGUGGCUCUGAUCUGGGGCUGAUCAUGAAACGCAUAGCCAUAAAUGUUAAAAGAGCAUUUGUGGCCUAGUAAUUUCUGCUUUGCAUUCCGAACAAUGCACCGUAAUACAUAUAUACACCAUAGCUGCCAAGUUUUCCCUUUUCUCGCGAGGAAGCCUAUUCAGCAUAAGGGAAAAUCCCUUUUAAAAAGGGAUAACUUGGCAGCUAUGAUAUACACACACCAAUGCAUCAUACAUGUGGGUGGAGAAAGGUCUGCCAGACAUCCCCAUUUGGCUCCAUAUCAGUCAAGGCACAGCUACCUGCCCCCAAAUGGGGUUUGUAAGCACCAUCAAUCAGUUGAUAGUUUGUGCUUGCAAAGAAGGGGCUUUGCAAGACCUGAAGAUCAGCUGCUUGUUAGCGCUUUACGUUCUGUGCCUUUGCCCACAUUUUGGAAGUUCUAAGAAUGAAUAAAUAAAUGUCAUGAACUGUAAUAUGAAAAUACAUUCCCCUUUGCUCCACAUGCCUGAAUUGGCUUCUUAAAUGUUCAAUCUGCCAGGAAGGUAGCUGGCUAGAGUUUAUAUACAUUUCAACUUCGUAACUAUGCUAUUAGCUUAUUAACCUCAUACAUGAUCAUCUGAAUGCAGCUAAAAUAAACACCCAAAUAAGAAGUGAAAGAACUCUGAAAUCACAAUAAAAACUUUAAUUAUGUAUCUGAAGUUUCAAUAAUAGACAUUCUUAAAGCCACUACCUUUGGUUGCUGCAGGGAAAGGAUUUGCAAACUUUUCCACAUACUCUGCUUCUGCAUGUGCCCCCUUUCCCCUGAAAAUUAUCUGCACGGCUCCCUAAGGAGAAAAUAUAAGAAUAGGAUAUUAUUUCAACCCAUAGUUCUAAAGGCCUUUGGAAUGUGGAUUUGGUCAUUAAACCAUUUACAACAAGGGGGGGGACCUCCAGCUUGCAGGUGUAAUCAGGCCUGCCAGCAUUCCCCAUUUGGUCUCCAAGGCCAUUUUGGCCAAGCCACACCCACCUGCUCUACACCUGAUGUAGUAUGAUAUCAGGUGUGGAGCAGGUAAAACCUGGCACAGCCAAAAGGGGAUCUGAAAGCACAACGGAUCAGCUAACUGGCAUUGCUUGCAGAGUGCUGGGCAAGAGAGCACUUUGAAAAGGGCUUCUGCAGAUUCCUGUGGGCAAAAAAAAUAGUUGUAUGCCAUCAAAUGAUCGAUCAAUGCGGGAGGGGUGGUGUAGCAAUUUGGCCUACCUGCCAGAUCUAGAUAAGAUGAGUACAAAUGGGAAUUACCUUGGCACCCAUCACUGCUACCUCUGCUGUUGGCCAUGCAUAAUUAGCAUCUCCUCUUAAAUGUUUUGAACUCAUCACAUCAUAGGCCCCACCAUAAGCCUGGAACAGGAAAUAAAAGUGUCAGCAAGUUAUGUACUGUAUUCAGUCAUUAUGUUUAUAUACCAGGAUAGUCUAUUAAUAUUAAGAAUAUGAAAGCAUACUCUUUCCUCCUACAAUCCUUCAAUUCCUACUACAACCAUUCAAAAAAUUAUGUGAUAUAGUUAUGAAGCAUCCACUCUCACUUAUUUAAAGCAUUUUCAAAUUCCAGUGCAAUGGCCUUGCUCUCCUCUCAUUCAUCUUUCCCUUUCCCUACUUUUUUACCUAUAUAGUUUAUUCCUUGAUAUCUUAUAUAGCACCAUAGCUCAGUGGCAGAUCAUCUGCCUUGCAUGGAGAAGAUCCCAGGUCAGUUCCUGACCAUCUCCAGGUAGGGGUGGGAAUGUUCCCUUUAUGAAACAUUGGAGAGCCUCUGCAAGUCAGUGCAGAGAAUACUAAGCUAGGUAGACCAACAGCCUGACUCUGAAUAAGGAAGCAUCCUACAUUCCUAGAACGUGUAAUGUCCCUUAAACAUUCCCCUUCAUAGCUGUCAAGUUUUCCCUUUUCUCACGAGGAAGCCUAUUCAGCAUAAGGGAAUUUCCCUUAAAAAAGGGAGAACUUGACAGCUAUGUCCCCCUCAUAUUUAUCCUCUGCCAUAGCCAGCCCUGGAACUGUUUUAAGAAAUUUGUAUCCCACUUUCUAAUUAAAAAUUCUCGAGGUGAUUUGCAAAAAUAGUUAAAUACUUGGCAAUAUUAGAAUACAAUUACUAACUAUACAUAAGAAAAGAGCAACACAUAAAACAGAUGAUAACUCUCAUGCAGCGGUUCCAAUGUUAAAAGUGUGGGCCUAUUAAAAGACUUGGCCUGGAGCCUAAAACUCAUCAAGUUAGGCAUCAGGCAAUUAGCCCUGGAAUGAGUGUUCCCAAACUGGAAAUAACAUUGUAUGAUCCAAGGCUUCAGGAUGAGAUUGUGUAUGUAUAAGGCAUUUACGUUCAGAUUCUACAUAAAAGAAUUUAGGUGAGAGUCAUUAGGCUAGAAGCAGAUCUGAAGGCAGCAUUUGUUAAGGGGAAACAGGCUUGAUUGUGAGGUAUCUAGAGAAAUUAAGCAGUAUUAGUGAAGCAAAAAGUGAUGU